CCGAGUGCGCGCGAGCACCACCGAGGUCACUUCCAUCAACUCGAACUGCGUCAGUUGAGCUCGCGCACCUCAUCAAGUUGUUCUCCUGAAACACGUCGUCAAGUGACGGACUUAGUUUUGCGGCCACGAUGCAACGAUUAACGUGUUUCGUCGCAGCGCUGCUGGUCGCGCAGAGCUUCGCCAUCAUCAGGAUCCCGCUGUAUAAGACGAGGCGCGUGCGUCGGAUGCUGGCCGACAACGGUCUGUCCGUGGAGCAACUCCGUGACCUGGCGCGAGCCUCCGGUGACCUCAAGAGCGGCGUGACCCCCAACCUGCCGGUGGAGACGCUCACCAACUUCAUGGACGCCCAGUACUACGGGACCAUCGGCAUCGGGACGCCUGCUCAGGACUUCACCGUGCUGUUUGACACUGGCUCGUCCAACCUCUGGGUUCCGUCCAUCCACUGCUCCUUCCUGGACAUCGCCUGCUGGCUUCAUCGACGCUACAACUCGAACAAGUCCUCCACCUACGUCCAGAACGGCACCAAGUUCGCCAUCCAGUACGGCCGGGGCAGCCUGGAAGGCUUCAUCAGCGGCGACACGGUGACGGUGGCGGGUCUGUCUGUGGCUGGUCAGCAGUUCGGGGAGGCGGUGAAGCAGCCCGGCAUCACCUUCGCCGUGGCCCGGUUCGAUGGCGUCCUGGGGAUGGGCUACCCCUCUAUCGCCGUCGACAACGUCACCCCCGUGUUCGACUCGGCCAUGGCUGCCAAGCUGCUGCCUCAGAACGUCUUCUCUUUCUACAUCAGUCGAGACCCGGCGGCAGCAGUGGGCGGUGAGCUGACGCUGGGCGGGACGGAUCCCCAGUACUACACGGGAGCACUGCACUAUGUGAACGUGACCAGGAAAGCUUACUGGCAGGUCCAGAUGGAUAGCAUGCAAGUGGGAUCCCAGCUGAGCCUAUGUAAGGCCGGCUGCCAGGCCAUCGUGGACACCGGGACGUCCCUGAUUGUGGGCCCGUCUGAAGAAGUCCGAGCUCUGCAGAAGGCUGUGGGAGCGCUGCCCCUGGUGAUGGGCGAGUACAUGAUUGACUGUAAGAAGAUCCCCACGCUGCCUGUGGUCUCCUUCAACAUCGGGGGGAAGAUAUUCAACCUGACGGGGGAGGAUUACGUGAUGAAGGAGAGUCAAAUGGGCGUGUCCAUCUGUCUGUCCGGCUUCAUGGCCAUGGACAUACCGCCCCCUGCUGGGCCGCUGUGGAUCCUGGGCGACGUCUUCAUCGGGAGGUACUACACGGUUUUCGACAGGGACGCGGACCGUGUGGGCUUCGCCACAACCAAGUAGCAGCCUGUCACCGGACCAAGCCCCACACAGGAGGAGAGAGGCCACGACCCGCCUCCUGGGCCGACGCAGCAGAGUGAACCAGGCCGGCCCCUCUGCUCACAGCCAUCCACGGGAUGAUUGUUUUGCUCCAGUUCAGUCUUUAAUUUCAGAAGCCUGAGUCAAUGUGAUUUGGAUUUUAAAAUAAAGUUUGUUUACCUGAC